GACAUAAUUAUUAUUUCAUCAACUUUUACGUUAAAGUAAAACUAUAUUGUAUCUAUAGAAUAUUUGAAGUUUAGAUUCAUAUCGAUAAUUUGACAAACGAUCGACAAUGAAGGGGUGAAUUUUAAUAUUAUUUGAUAUUUUUAGAAUAUGGAAUCUAAUUCAUCAGUAACAAUUUUACAAAAAGAACUAAGUGAGAAAUUUUUAGCCUACUCUGAAAUAGAAAGUGUAUCCGAAGGUGUUAUUAUCGAGACCGAUAAUGAGGAUGGAUCGAAUUUUCAGAAUGUUACUAAUCGACAAAGUGCUAACGAAUUUGAUAGUGAAAAAACGAAAAUACCCACAUAUCGAAAAGAUCAUUGUUAUUCAAAAUUUAUGCCAUUUUUGGCAAAUAAUAUUCGAUAUUUCCAUCGUCCUACAAUCGUUAAGGUUGUUGAAAGACCCGAGAAAAAGCCUAGGCCUAUUUCAAAAUCUCCUAAGACAGUAUUACCAAUUUCAAUACCAUUGAAGAUAUUACCGAACAACGACAGUUCCCUGUCCUCUCCGAAAGUGAGUGCCCGUCUUAGUCAAGAACAGGGACAAAUCAAAGUUGUUAUCUUACAGGACACUAACGAUUCAGGAAAACAAAUUCUAACGAAGAGGAAGAAUUCACCAAACUCAAAGAAUUUAUUUAAUAAAUCCAAUGUCUACAGUAAUAAGAAAAUCGAAACCAAACAAAUAAUCAAUAAACUAUUGGCAAGAGUUCAAAAACAACACGAACGCAAUUUAAGGGAUGAAGGUCCGCCGGAGUGUAAAAAAUCCGCUAAAUAUCUCUUUAAAUUGCCAACAAAUCCCUAUUUAUCUUUUAAACCAUCGACCGAACUUGUUGCAACUAUUGAUUACGAGUUUGAAAAUGAUAACGUAAAACAGAUUUCUCUAUUCGAUUAUACAAAAGGACAAACGAAAACCUCGAAUACUAUCAUUAACGACAAGUCAAAAGAUUUUGAUAUUGUUUUCUCCCCAAGAAAUGGAAUUUCGAUGAAAACUUCCAAUGAUUGGAAACCGGAAGAUCGCUUAUUAUUUCAUAAAACUAUAGAAAAGGGGAAUCAUUAUAAGAAUUUAAAUAAGACAGAGAAAUUCGUUUACAACCUCUAUGAUGAAUUACCCUUAAAAGUUGGCAUUAAUUUAAGUGAAGAGGAGACGCUUAUAGUUCUUCCCAUUCCUGACGAUAUUGAAUACUACGGCUAUAACAGAGCAAUUCAUUCUCUUAAACUAUUGUCAUACAAGAUGACCAUGGAACGUCUUAUUAAUGAUUGCUUAGAAGCUUUAAAUAGCAGUAAAGCUUGCAAGGAUUUGGUAAUGAUUAUAGUUAAUGCUUGUUAUUACGUCCUACAGCGUCUCUACUACAUUCAACAAAUCCAAUUUAAAGGCGUUAUACGGGAACAGGUUCGCUACGUAGUUCUAUUUGAUUUUCCGAAAGAAUCAUGUCCUUAUCGUAUUCAGGAUAUGUGGAUGGAAAUGAUAACUGUCUAUUUUGAUAUUCGUUUCGUGAUGACAUGCGAAAUAUAUACAAAAUUUUUUGAGGACUGCUGCAGACAUCUAAUGCAACAAACAAUUUGCUGUUGGGAAUAUAGAAAUUCUAAGAGAACUCACGAACACACUAGUUUAUUUUGGCCAUCCAUGGAUGAAAUUAAAACGCUUACUGGGUUUUGUUACGAGGGCAGUUGGAGAAAUCAAGUUACAUUUGAUUCUCCAAAGUGUGGCAGUCUACGCCCUUCACAUUCUAAUUUUUCCACAUCGAAAGACAAGAGUAAGGGAAGUCAGAGAAAAAAAUAUCCCGUCGAAUUGAGCCCACCAAGACCAAAACAGAUAAAGAGAUCAGCUCGCGGAGCAACUCCACCGCUCCCUCUUCCUCCGGCGAAAAGAAGAAGAGUUAAAAAGCUACCUAUAGUGGAAAAAGUUAAAGAAGAUAAAUUUAUCAGCGAUAAAGAGAUGUUUUUAAACGUUAUGAAACUUGUAUCAAAAAAGAAACCAAACGAAAAAGACAUUCAAUAAUUUAUAAGGAUAGCAAACAUUAGCAAAUCAUUUUUAUAUCGUUUACAAACUUUUUAUUAUUAAUUAUAAACUAAUAAGCUAAUUGUUUACUUAAUUUUUGUUGUUUUUUAUUGUUUAACUUAUCCAUCUAAUACCCUAAUACAUAGUUUGUAAUUUUU